GUAGGCGUGCAGGGAUAAACGAAAGGCGCUGCGGAUGACGUCAAUGUUGUGCUUGAGCGCGCUGGUUGGUGCGCUCGCGAAUCUCUCUAGCACUCUACGUCGGAGCGGUGCGGGAGAGCGAGCGAGAGUUUGCCGCCGCAGCAUCGCACCCAAACUGGCAGGACACGCCACCUUAUCGAAGAAAAAAAAAACAUUGAAUCACCUGCGAGGCUGUGACUACACUUUCUGUAAAGCAGACAAGGAACCAACGAAACAUUUUAUUUCUUCAUAGCUACGAAAGGGAAUGCCAUCCAUAAAUAUGAAACUGGAGAUGGUGACCAUCAUCGCCUGUGAGGUAGACACCGAGGUGUUUACCUCCGACAAAAUGCAGGAGCGGUUCGAGGCCUUGUUCAGGAUCUAUGACGAGCAGACGUCCUUCCAGAUGUUCAAGAGCUUCAGACGAGUUCGCAUCAGCUUCAGCACUCCGGAGGCGGCCGCACAAGCUCGUAUCGAGCUCCACGAGACAGAGUUCAACGGGCAGCAGCUCAAGCUUUACUUUGCCCAGGUCCAGAACUCUGGGGAGGACCUGGACAAGUCGUACCUGGCCCCUCCGGCGCCCGUCAAACAGUUCCUGAUCUCCCCCCCCUCCUCCCCGCCAGUGGGCUGGAGCCAGAGUGAAGACGCCACGCCCGUCAUCAACUAUGACCUGCUGUGUGCUGUGGCCAAGCUGGGACCAGGAGAGAAGUACGAGCUCCACGCCGGCACGGAGUCCACCCCCAGCGUUGUGGUUCAUGUGUGCGACAGCGACGCGGAGGACGACGGCGAUGAAGCGCGGCCCAAGCAGAAGCAGCAGAUGGUCCAGACCCGACGCCCAGACGGCCCGUCGCAAGUCCUCAACUAGGACUGCCCGGCUCGGGACGGCGCUCCUGGGACCCCGACACACACGCACUCAGACUCCGCAGGCGCAGAGCACAGCAAGACAACGCCCCUCAUUUCAGCUCAACCAAAAACAAACGAGACAGACAUUUUGCCGGUGUUUGCGGAAGGAGCAUGACUACUGGAAGGGAUGAGGCGGCCCGGCCCGUAUGGAUGACGGAUGAUGACGAACUCAUCCCAACCAAAUGAAAGGGAGGGGGACGGGGCCUAACCCUUGACCCAUGACCCCUCAGCCGGGGGGGGGGGCGAUAAUGUAACCCUGUGUCCUCUUAAAGCAGAGGCACCCUCUCAUAGUCAUCUGUAGUACUGCUUUAGUGGUUUAGCUUGUCUUGACUUCCUCCUUCCUGUCAUUGGUUCGUUGUGCCGCGCUUUGGUCUUCGGGGACACGCAAUACCUCCGAUAAGAGAUUUUCCUUUUCAUACUUUCUUUUUUUUAUAUAUAUACAUUUUUUAAUUGUUGUUGUUGUUGUUGUUGGUCUCUUUUGUCAUAUUAGCAGAUUGGUGGUUUCUGCUAACACGGAACCAGGAUUGGUGGUUUCUGCUAACACAGAACCAGGAUUGCUGGUGUUACCCUUCUCGUCCGCAUGUAUAUUUGAGAAAAAUACUCAUUACAGAGACUUGAAUACUAAACUGCUGUAUAAAACAAAGGAACUUAUCAAGGUCACACGCUACAUUUCAACAGGUUGGCCUGUGAUAACACAGCUGAGGUGGUUUUAGCGUUCUAUAUUAUUCAUUUCUACGCUCUGAUUGUCCCUUUUUGUCUAUCGGAGAGAGUUUUUUUGCUGAGUUCGAUGUGUCAUUCUUCCUAACCUGUAUUUGAUACCACAAACAGUCUUUUUUUUUUUGCAUGCAUAUUAAUAUACUUGUUGAGCAUUUUAUACUGGAAGAUGGGGAAAUGGAAAGAAGGUUUUCAUGGCACGCCCGUCUACAGUCUUGUGGUGUCCUGUAGUAGGGGGAGAGGUUAGCUGAGACGAAGUAAAAGAGACAUUCACACUGUUAGUUAAGGCCUGAAAUUUGGGCUCCUGGACAGCAGUAAAAGCUCAAGGGAAUCUACUAGAUUCUUGACAUUUUCAGAGGGUAUUUCCGAUAGAUUUUUCCAGUAAAGUUUUUUUAAUUUUCUUUAUAGAUGUCUGUUCUUUCUUAUUCCGAGACCUAUAUUGCUUGUUUUGCACAAAAUAACUCUAGGGAUAUACUGGAGGAAACAACUAGCUAGAGGCUGCUUUUCAUUUAAUGCUGUAUAUAGCGGAAUGGUCAGUAGGUGGAAAUGGUCCAUUUAGAUUUCAGUGAAAGACAUUAAGCAUUGCCGAGAAAUUGAAAAGGGUUCCUUAUCCUCCUUUGUACAGUAUUGCCUCCGCGUUGCAGCACAAACCAUUGGGAACUCGAUAAACUAAAGUGAAAUAAUAUUUUUUAUUUUGUCCGAUUUGGAGUAGGCCUACUGCUGCGUUUGUUGGAUCCUCCCUCAACAAAUCCAUGAUCCAUGAUCCACUUCACAACUCCUCAACAAACGAUAAACAUUUGAAAUUGUGCUUUUAGAUUUUACUUUUAAACCUACCCGAGGUAUCGUAGUCAUAACCAUUUACGAAAUGAGUAUGAAAUGACACGUGCGCUCGAGUGCCUGUCUUUUAGUUAUUUGAUGCAUUAAAAUGUCCGUUUUGUCACAGACACAUUUGUCUCCACUGCUCCACAUUUCAUAUCCAUCCUGAAAGUGCGUUUUGAAUCCAGUCUUCUUUUUUUUUUUUACCCUGUAGAAGUGCAACUGUUGGGGUUUGUUGUUCACCACCGUAAAUCUGGAUCUCGGGACCCUUACCCAUAUCCAUGUUGAACAGAACGACUUUUUUAUUUUUAUUAUAUUAGCGAACAAAAGAUGGUCUCUUUCUCUCUGCAUGCCAGCACUUUAUUGUCAGACCUUGUGUUUCUACUUCCUGUGUAUGCAGUCAUGCUACACAGUAUAUUUAAUUAAUGAUUUUGAACUUGUCUAUUUUUCAAGAUGUACACCAGGGUAGCCUUCUCACCAGCAGAGCCGAAAGAGUCCAAAACUUUAACAAUAAAAAAGGCCCUGAAUUCCACCUCUCGCUGAUGGUGUUUGAAGGUAUGGAUACGAGUGUGUGACUGAUGAAUAGGUCUAUCGAGAGAGAGGGGAUGUUGUCUUUUUGGGGGGAUGGUUGGUUGUGAAACCACGGAACAAAUGUCUCUUGCAGUUUCUGUCCCUGGGGCAGCUUUGUUCUCUCAGUGGACUUAUACCAUCCAAGCUGCCCAGCAGAUGUUGAAAUGGACUAUAUUGGCAUUGCCAGUUUUUUGUUGUUGUGCUGACUGGUGAAAAGGUUGGUGACUGAUGACAAUGAUUAUUAACUUGUCGAUGAUGCUUUGGUGUUUUUUACCGUCUGCUGUGUCCAUCUUUGAACCUGGGUGCAUUUUUGGUCACAGUUCAAAAGAGAAAAUGUAUAUUCAUGUAUAUAUGCCAAGUGCUUUCAUUUGCUGAAGCCGGUUUCAGUGUGCAGUUUCAUUGGUUGGGCUUUUAUUUCAUGUUGAUGUAAAAAAAAA